AUGGAAUGUGGAAAGAGCUUCAGUCGGAGGUACAAUCUCACUUCCCAUCAAAGAAUUCAUACAGGGGAUAAACCCUAUCAGUGUGUGGAAUGUGGAAAGAGCUUCAGUCAGAGCUCCCAUCUCACAUCCCAUCAAAGAAUUCAUACAGGGGAGAAACACUAUCAGUGCAUGGAAUGUGGAAAGAGCUUCAGGAUGAAGGACAUUCUAACUUCUCAUCUAAGAAUUCAUACAGGGGAGAAACCCUAUCAGUGUGUGGAAUGUGGAAAGAGCUUCAUUCAGAGCUCCUCUCUCACUUCCCAUCAAAGAAUUCAUACAGGGGGAAAACCCUAUCAGUGUGUCGAAUGUGGAAAGAGCUUCAGGAAGAGCUCCGAUCUCACUUCCCAUAAAAGAAUUCAUACAGGGGAGAAACCAUAUCAGUGUGUGGAAUGCGGAAAGAACUUUAAUCACAGCCACAGUCUCACUUGCCAUCAAAGAAUUAAUACAGGGGAGAAACCCUAUCAGUGUGCGGAAUGUGGAAAGAGCUUCAUUCAGAUCUACUCUCUCACUUACCAUCAAAGAAUUCAUACAGGGGGGAAACCCUAUCAGUGUGUGGAAUGUGAAAAGAGCUUCACUGAUAGCUCCUCUCUCACUUCCCAUCAAAGAAUUCAUACAGGGGAGAAACCCUAUCAGUGUGUGGAAUGUGAAAAGAGCUUCACUGAUAGCUCCUCUCUCACUUCCCAUCAAAGAAUUCAUACAGGGGAGAAACCAUAUCAGUGUGCGGAAUGUGGAAAGAGCUUCAGUCAAAGCCACAAUCUCACUUCCCAUCAAAGAACUCAUACAGGGGAGAAACCCUAUCAGUGCUUUGAAUGUGGAAAGAGCUUCAGUCAGAGCUCCCAACUCAUCUCCCAUCAAAGAAUUCAUACAGGGGAGAAACCCUAUCAGUGUGUGGAAUGUGGAAAGAGCUUCAGGACGAAGGACAUUCUAACUUCCCAUCAAAGAAUUCAUACAGGGGAAAAACCCUAUCAGUGUGUGGAAUGUGGAAAGAGCUUCAGUCACAAUCAGACUCUCACUUCCCAUCAAAGAAUCCAUACAAAGGAGAAACUCUAUCAGUGUGUGGAGUGUGGAAAGAGCUUCACUGAUAGCUCCCAUCUCACUUCCCAUCAAAGAAUUCAUACAGGGGAGAAACCCUAUCAGUGUGUGGAAUGUGGAAAGAGCUUCCGUCAGAGCUCCCAUCUCACUUCCCAUCAAAGAAAUCAUACAGGGGAGAAACCCUAUCAGUGUGUGGAAUGUGGAAAGAGCUUCAAUGAUAGCUCCUCUCUCACUUCCCAUCAAAGAAUUCAUACAGGGGAAAAACCCUAUAAAUGUGUGGAAUGUGGAAAGAGCUUCACUGAUAGCUCCUCUCUCACUUCCCAUCAAAGAAUUCAUACGGGGGAGAAACCCUAUCAGUGUGUGGAAUGUGGAAAGAGCUUCAGGACACGCUAUGAGCUCACUUCCCAUCAAAGAAUUCAUACAGGAGAGAAACCCUAUCAGUGUGUCGAAUGUGGAAAGAGGUUCAGGACACGCUAUGAGCUCACUUGCCAUCAAAGAAUUCAUACAGGAGAGAAACCCUAUCAGUGUGUGGAAUGUGGAAAGAGCUUCAGUCAGAGCUCCAAUCUCACUUCCCAUCAAAGAAAUCAUACAGGGGAGAAACCCUAUCAGUGUGUGGAAUGUGGAAAGAGUUUCAAUGAUAGCUCCUCUCUCACUUCCCAUCAAAGAAUUCAUACAGGGGAAAAACCCUAUAAAUGUGUGGAAUGUGGAAAGAGCUUCACUGAUAGCUCCUCUCUCACUUCCCAUCAAAGAAUUCAUACGGGGGAGAAACCCUAUCAGUGUGUGGAAUGUGGAAAGAGCUUCAGGACACGCUAUGAGCUCACUUCCCAUCAAAGAAUUCAUACAGGAGAGAAACCCUAUCAGUGUGUCGAAUGUGGAAAGAGGUUCAGGACACGCUAUGAGCUCACUUGCCAUCAAAGAAUUCAUACAGGAGAGAAACCCUAUCAGUGUGUGGAAUGUGGAAAGAGCUUCAGUCAGAGCUCCAAUCUCACUUCCCAUCAAAGAAAUCAUACAGGGGAGAAACCCUAUCAGUGUGUGGAAUGUGGAAAGAGUUUCAAUGAUAGCUCCUCUCUCACUUCCCAUCAAAGAAUUCAUACAGGGGAAAAACCCUAUAAAUGUGUGGAAUGUGGAAAGAGCUUCACUGAUAGCUCCUCUCUCACUUCCCAUCAAAGAAUUCAUACGGGGGAGAAACCCUAUCAGUGUGUGGAAUGUGGAAAGAGCUUCAGGACACGCUAUGAGCUCACUUCCCAUCAAAGAAUUCAUACAGGAGAGAAACCCUAUCAGUGUGUCGAAUGUGGAAAGAGGUUCAGGACACGCUAUGAGCUCACUUCCCAUCAAAGAAUUCAUACAGGAGAGAAACCCUAUCAGUGUGUGGAAUGUGGAAAGAGCUUCAGUCAGAGCUCCAAUCUCACUUCCCAUCAAAGAAUUCAUACAGGGGAGAAACCUUAUCAGUGCGUGGAAUGUGGAAAGAGCUUCAGUCGCAGCCAGAAUCUCACUUCCCAUCAAAGAAUCCAUACAAAGGUGGGAAAAACCAUUAUACAGCUUUAGAAUCCAGGCCUUUGGCUAAAUGACGUGUAUGAAAAUCAAAGUAUUAUGGGCCUUAAUUUAUGAUGAGUUUUAAAAAUGUUUGGAAUAACCUUUCUAAAAUGACCAGAGGGAUUUCUGUUAAGUAUUGUUGGCAGGGACAUCCCGGAUGCCUUUAGAGAGGUAUUCUUAUAUGCAACGGCUGCAGCUUGGACUUUGGUGGGAAAGGGGUGGAAGGAAGACAAUAACGGACUGGCAUAACAAGCUACAAGAAUUUGCUGAAAUGGUGCAGUUGACAAAUAGCCUGAGAGGCAAUUCAAAACAAAAA